ACUACCGCCACACAUGUGAUAAAAGUUGAAGAUAAAAAUCAGUUGAAAAUUGACUCUUUUUGUGUUCGGUUGUGUUUUUUCAUUCGUGGCUUCCUCUGCAAUCUCCAUGGUAUCUAUUCUGGGGCAAUUUAGAUAAUUUACAAUCUCUCUAGUGGAAGUGGCGUGAAGAAAAGUAAUGGACAGACCAAGGGGACCUUCAAGGAAAUUUUUCUAUUGAUCCUUUCCGAAAGUAUCAGCUACAGUGCCCCCAUCAGCCCCAAAAUUAAAGAAAUUCCCUCGAGAAGAAGAAAAGGAGGCAUUUCUAAAAAAUGAGUACCGCCGCAGCGUCUUCAGACCAUUGUCAUCCUCAUCAUCACGAUCAUCACGUGCACUUUGAUGAAUCAGCCAUAAAGGAGAAUUUGGAAGCAGACAACAGUAUUGUGUACCAGAAGAGUGGAGAGGAUGGUGUGCUGGUUCAUCUGGGAUUCCUACAGAUAAAUCAUCGAUAUUUGUUGGAGCUGCAGCUGCCUUCAACGGUGUCACCAGCCUUCCUAUUUGGUGAGAGGAUUGCACUAAGCAGAGAUGAGAGGUGCCUACCCAAUGUCAAUUGCAAAUACAUCGAGUUUACGGGAAAAGUGGGAGGACACUAUGAUCUAAAGGUGGAAUUCCUGGCGCAUAAAGAGAAACUCCUUCGGGAGGAGCUGCAUUUGGUGAAUGUUCAGAAUUUCGAAGAGAAACUAAAGCUGGUACUCAGUGCGAGAGUCCUGGGACGUGGAAAGGGUACACCAAUGCUGAGGAAUGGAAUCCACUGUGUGGGAGUUGAGCAAGAUGAGGAAUCCGAAGCUUCCGACUGGCAGGGCUUCUCAAAGGGAGAGGGGUCAAAAGGUGAUGAUGAUGAUCCUGAGAAGGAGGUUGAUGAUUAAAUUUUCCUAUAAAUAGCCUUUUAUUAGCUCAAAAGAACAACAAUUUUAAAAGAAAAUCUAUUUCCUUGUAGAUUUAAUGAAUUUUAUCCAUUUUAACGGAAAUAAAAAUUUAAAAAGCAAGAAAA